CCACCUGAAGAUUGGCCCAGUCCUCAGGUUUCACUCAUGACCCUGUGACAUCAGCGGCAGCAGCUGUCCUUGCCGGCCCGGCCCCCCAGCCAAGUCCCCCAGAGCUCCAGCCCCAGCCUGAGGUGGGCACGGCACCCGGGGCUCGUCCGCCACCGCUCUUCUCUGCUUCUGGCCAACAGCAGAGGUGACAAAUGCAGAUGGGGCCCGCAUUCUUCUGAGCUUGUCCCUGGCAGACAUCACUCUUUUGCACUGAGUCUUGCAGAACCCUCAAUGGUCUCCGCCCACAUCUCCUGCUAGCCAGCAUCAGCCAAUCCACAUGGCCUCCAAGCUGAAAUUCACUUUCUAGUUGUGUUUUAGGGCUGAAGUCACGCAGUUCCUGGAGUCUGAACCCAGGAGACAGUUCGGGACACUGGGGCGUUGGCCCCAAGCUCCUCAGGCUGGAGAAGAUCUGGUUCACUUUCUGUUGAUCCCGAAGGUGGCACAAUCUAUUGCUGAGAAGAGAACACUGCGGGGCCUGGAGUGGGGGAAUGCACCGUGCCCAGUGUCCUGGGCAUCAGCACGCCCAGGUCUUGCAGGCACAUCUCCCAGCCCCAACAAGACCAGGACACCCACCUCCCUGACCCAACUCCUGGGCAGGCAGAGAGUGAGGAGUACACAGUAGACCCCGGGCAUUGGUGACCACCCAAAACCCAAGGGCUGCGGGCUGUAGCGGCUCUGUUACCUACCACCCUCUGGCCCCUGAGCCCAGAAUGCAAGGAUGGCCAGCUCAUCUCUGCCCAACCUGGUCCCCCCGGGUCCCCACUGCCUGCGCCCCUUCACCCCAGAGUCCCUGGCAGCCAUAGAGCAGCGGGCGGUGGAGGAGGAGGCCCGGCUGCAGCGGAACAAGCAGAUGGAGAUUGAGGAGCCUGAGCGGAAGCCACGCAGUGACCUGGAAGCUGGCAAGAACCUCCCACUCAUCUAUGGGGACCCCCCACCCGAAGUCAUUGGCAUCCCCCUGGAGGACCUGGAUCCUUACUACAGUGACAAGAAGACCUUCAUUGUGCUCAACAAAGGAAAGGCCAUCUUCCGAUUCUCUGCCACGCCUGCCCUCUACCUGCUGAGCCCCUUCAGCAUCGUCAGGAGGGUGGCUAUCAAGGUGCUCAUUCACGCGCUGUUCAGCAUGUUUAUCAUGAUCACCAUCCUGACCAACUGUGUGUUCAUGACCAUGAGCAAUCCGCCUUCUUGGUCCAAACACGUGGAGUACACCUUCACGGGGAUCUAUACCUUUGAGUCCCUCAUUAAGAUGCUGGCCCGAGGCUUUUGCAUUGAUGACUUCACAUUCCUCCGAGACCCCUGGAACUGGCUGGACUUCAGUGUCAUCACAAUGGCGUAUGUGACAGAGUUUGUGGACUUGGGCAACAUCUCAGCCCUGAGGACCUUCCGUGUGCUGCGGGCCCUGAAGACCAUCACGGUUAUCCCAGGGCUGAAGACAAUUGUGGGAGCCCUGAUCCAGUCUGUGAAAAAGCUGUCGGAUGUGAUGAUCCUCACUGUCUUCUGCCUGAGUGUCUUUGCCCUGGUGGGGCUGCAGCUUUUCAUGGGAAACCUGCGUCAGAAGUGCGUGCGUUGGCCCCCGCCCAUGAAUGACACCAACACCACGUGGUAUGGCAAUGACACUUGGUACAGCAAUGACACUUGGUACGGCAAUGACACUUGGUACAUCAAUGACACUUGGAACAGCCAGGAGAGCUGGGCCGGCAACUCUACCUUUGACUGGGAGGCCUACAUCAAUGACGAAGGGAACUUCUAUUUCUUGGAGGGCUCCAAUGAUGCUCUGCUCUGUGGGAAUAGCAGUGAUGCUGGGCACUGCCCUGAGGGCUACGAAUGCAUAAAGGCUGGGCGGAACCCCAACUAUGGCUACACCAGCUAUGACACCUUCAGCUGGGCUUUCCUGGCUCUCUUCCGGCUCAUGACGCAGGACUACUGGGAGAACCUUUUCCAGCUGACCCUACGAGCUGCUGGCAAGACCUACAUGAUCUUCUUCGUGGUCAUCAUCUUCCUGGGCUCCUUCUACCUCAUCAAUCUGAUCCUGGCCGUGGUGGCCAUGGCGUACGCUGAGCAGAAUGAGGCUACCCUGGCCGAAGACCAGGAGAAAGAGGAGGAGUUCCAACAGAUGCUUGAGAAAUACAAAAAACAUCAGGAGGAAGUGGAAAAGGCUAAGGCUGCCCAGGCUCUGGAAAGUGGAGAGGAGGCAGAUGGGGACCCAACCCACAACAAAGACUGCAAUGGGAGCCUGGAUGCAUCCGGGGAGAAGGGGCCCCCAAGGCCAAGCUGCAGCGCAGACAGUGCCAUCUCAGAUGCUAUGGAGGAGCUGGAAGAGGCCCAUCAGAAGUGCCCACCGUGGUGGUACAAGUGUGCACACAAAGUCCUCAUCUGGAACUGCUGUGCCCCGUGGGUGAAGUUCAAACAUAUAAUCUACCUGAUCGUCAUGGACCCCUUUGUGGACCUGGGUAUCACCAUCUGCAUUGUGCUCAACACCCUCUUCAUGGCCAUGGAGCACUACCCCAUGACCGAGCACUUUGACAACGUGCUCUCCGUGGGCAACUUGGUCUUCACAGGCAUCUUCACUGCGGAGAUGGUGUUGAAGCUGAUUGCCAUGGACCCCUACGAGUAUUUCCAACAGGGCUGGAACAUCUUUGACAGUUUCAUCGUCACCCUCAGCCUGGUGGAGCUGGGCCUGGCCAACGUACAGGGGCUGUCAGUGCUCCGUUCCUUCCGCCUGCUGCGUGUCUUCAAGCUGGCCAAGUCAUGGCCAACACUCAACAUGCUCAUCAAAAUCAUUGGCAACUCAGUGGGCGCGCUGGGCAACCUGACCCUGGUGCUGGCCAUCAUCGUCUUCAUCUUCGCCGUGGUGGGCAUGCAGCUGUUCGGCAAGAGCUAUAAGGAGUGUGUGUGCAAGAUCGCCUCAGACUGCAACCUGCCUCGCUGGCACAUGAACGACUUCUUCCACUCCUUCCUCAUCGUCUUCCGCAUCCUCUGCGGGGAAUGGAUCGAGACCAUGUGGGACUGCAUGGAGGUGGCCGGCCAGGCCAUGUGCCUCACCGUCUUCCUCAUGGUCAUGGUCAUUGGCAACCUGGUGGUCCUGAAUCUGUUCCUGGCUCUCCUGCUGAGUUCCUUCAGUGCUGACAGCCUGGCGGCCUCGGAUGAGGAUGGCGAGAUGAACAACCUACAGAUUGCCAUCGGGCGUAUCAAGUGGGGCAUCGGUUUUGCCAAAACCUUCCUCCUGGGGCUGUUGCGUGGCAAGAUCCUGAGCCCCAAGGAAAUAAUACUCAGCCUCGGUGAGCCCGGGGGUGCCGGGGAAAAUGCCGAGGAGAGUACUCCCGAGGAUGAGAAGAAGGAGCCGCCACCGGAAGAUAAGGAGCUGAAAGACAAUCAUAUCCUGAACCACGUGGGCCUGACCGAUGGCCCCCGCUCCAGCAUCGAGCUGGACCACCUUAACUUCAUCAACAACCCCUACCUCACCAUCCACGUGCCCAUUGCCUCCGAGGAGUCUGACCUGGAGAUGCCCACAGAGGAGGAGACAGACGCCUUCUCGGAGCCUGAGGAUAUCAAGAAGCCCCUACAGCCCCUCUACGACGGGAACUCCUCCGUCUGCAGCACAGCUGACUACAAGCCCCCUGAAGAGGACCCCGAGGAGCAGGCUGAGGAGAACCCCGAGGGGGAGCAGCCUGAGGAAUGCUUCACGGAAGCCUGUGUGAAGCGCUGCCCCUGCCUCUAUGUGGACAUCUCCCAGGGCCGUGGGAAAAUGUGGUGGACACUGCGCAGGGCCUGUUUCAAGAUUGUUGAGCACAACUGGUUUGAGACCUUCAUUGUCUUCAUGAUCUUGCUCAGCAGUGGAGCCCUGGCCUUCGAAGACAUCUACAUUGAACAGCGACGAGUCAUCCGCACCAUCCUGGAAUACGCCGACAAGGUCUUCACCUACAUCUUCAUCCUGGAGAUGUUGCUAAAGUGGGUCGCCUACGGCUUCAAGGUGUAUUUCACCAAUGCCUGGUGCUGGCUCGACUUCCUCAUCGUGGACGUCUCCAUCAUCAGCCUGGUGGCAAACUGGCUGGGCUACUCUGAGCUGGGGCCCAUCAAAUCCCUGCGCACACUCCGGGCCCUGCGACCUCUGAGGGCACUGUCUCGAUUUGAGGGUAUGAGGGUGGUGGUGAACGCCCUCCUGGGAGCUAUCCCCUCCAUCAUGAACGUCCUCCUCGUCUGCCUCAUCUUCUGGCUCAUCUUCAGCAUCAUGGGGGUCAACUUGUUUGCUGGAAAGUUCUACUACUGCGUCAACACCACCACCUCUGAGAGAUUCGACAUCUCGGUGGUCAACAACAAGUCCGAGUGUGAGAGCCUCAUGUAUACAGGCCAGGUCCGCUGGAUGAAUGUCAAGGUCAACUACGACAACGUGGGUCUGGGCUAUCUCUCCCUCCUUCAGGUGGCCACAUUCAAGGGUUGGAUGGAUAUCAUGUAUGCAGCUGUGGACUCCCGGGAGAAAGAGGAGCAGCCAGACUAUGAGGUGAACCUCUACAUGUACCUCUACUUCGUCAUCUUCAUCAUCUUCGGCUCCUUCUUCACCCUCAACCUCUUCAUCGGUGUCAUCAUCGACAACUUCAACCAACAGAAGAAGAAGUUUGGAGGGAAAGACAUCUUCAUGACAGAGGAACAGAAGAAAUACUACAACGCGAUGAAGAAGCUUGGCUCCAAGAAGCCCCAGAAGCCAAUUCCCCGGCCUCAGAACAAGAUCCAGGGCAUGGUGUACGACUUCGUGACGAAGCAGGUGUUUGACAUCUCCAUCAUGAUCCUCAUCUGCCUCAACAUGGUUACUAUGAUGGUGGAGACAGAUGACCAGAGCCAGCUCAAGGUGGACAUCCUGUACAACAUCAACAUGGUCUUCAUUAUCAUCUUCACAGGGGAGUGUGUGCUGAAGAUGUUUGCCCUACGCCAUUACUACUUCACCAUUGGCUGGAACAUCUUUGACUUUGUGGUUGUCAUCUUGUCCAUCGUGGGCCUUGCGCUCUCUGACUUGAUACAGAAAUACUUUGUGUCACCCACGCUGUUCCGUGUGAUCCGCUUGGCUCGGAUCGGGCGUGUCCUGCGUCUGAUCCGCGGGGCCAAGGGCAUCCGGACGCUGCUGUUCGCCCUGAUGAUGUCCCUGCCCGCCCUCUUCAACAUCGGCCUCCUUCUCUUUCUGGUCAUGUUCAUCUACUCGAUCUUCGGCAUGUCUAACUUCGCCUACGUCAAGAAAGAGUCAGGCAUCGACGACAUGUUUAACUUUGAGACCUUUGGCAACAGUAUCAUCUGCCUCUUCGAGAUCACCACGUCAGCCGGCUGGGACGGGCUUCUGAACCCCAUCCUCAACAGUGGGCCCCCAGACUGUGACCCGACGUUGGAGAACCCGGGUACCAAUGUCAGGGGGGACUGCGGCAACCCUUCCAUCGGCAUCUGUUUCUUCUGCAGCUACAUCAUCAUCUCCUUCCUCAUCGUGGUCAACAUGUACAUUGCUAUCAUCCUGGAGAAUUUCAACGUGGCCACCGAAGAGAGCAGCGAGCCCCUCAGUGAGGAUGACUUCGAGAUGUUCUAUGAGACCUGGGAGAAGUUCGACCCGGACGCCACUCAGUUCAUCGACUACAGCCGCCUCUCGGACUUUGUGGACACCCUGCAGGAGCCGCUGAAAAUCGCCAAACCCAAUAAGAUCAAGCUUAUCACGUUAGACCUGCCCAUGGUGCCCGGCGACAAGAUCCACUGCUUGGACAUCCUCUUUGCCCUGACCAAAGAGGUACUGGGUGACUCUGGGGAGAUGGACGCCCUCAAGCAGACCAUGGAGGAGAAGUUUAUGGCAGCUAACCCUUCCAAGGUCUCCUAUGAGCCCAUCACCACCACCCUCAAGAGGAAGCAGGAGGAGGUGUGUGCUAUCAAAAUCCAGAGGGCCUACCGCCGCCACCUGCUGCAGCGCUCCGUGAAGCAGGCCUCUUACAUGUACCGUCACAGCCAGGACGGCAAUGGCGACGGGGCCCCCGAGAAGGAGGGAUUGCUUGCCAACACCAUGAACAAGAUGUAUGGCCAUGAGAAAGAGGGUGAUGGUGUGCAGAGCCAGGGGGAGGAAGAGAAGGCCUCUACAGAGGAUGCUGGACCCACCGUGGAGCCCAAACCCACCAGCAGCUCAGAUACUGCCCUGACUCCUUCUCCUCCACCACUACCCCCCUCAUCAUCACCGCCACAAGGGCAGACAGUUCGCCCAGGGGUCAAAGAGUCUCUUGUCUAGAUGGCAGCGUCAAGGCUGCACGCAGAGUUGGAGGGGAAGGGCUUUGAGAUGGGGGCUAUACAGGACUUGACACCUGGGCUGAGGGGUAUGGAAAUUGUGCUCAGGGUUCAGGUGGGUCGGAAGCCCCUGCUGCCUGAUUUCAUCUUUACGAUGCUCUGACAUUCUGUUGGCCAGGGGAGGCCAGGACAUCUGAAUGCUGUUUCCUUCUUGGGGGAGAGCCAGCAUACCUUGGAGGGGUUGGCCACCUUCCUGUCACUACUUUAAGGGCCCAGGACCCCAGCUCUAGCCAAGACAAAGACGAAUCUUAACCCCCAAACCUACACCUGACCCCCAGAGCUUAGCUAUCCCUCUCGCCCCCAUAAUUCUAGGGUGCAGCUUCCCCCUGACAGCUCAGGAAUGCCCUGUAAAAGGGGAAAUGGUUCUGGUACAGAACCAAUUGGCCGCUGGAUCCGGAUGUAUCAGGCUGGAAACAUGACUUCUGAAACCUUUCACCCAGUCAGAUCCAGGCCGGUGGGCAGCUCCCCUGGCUGGCCCCUGGGGGAAGAACUAAGGAAGGAUUGCCCUGAGAAAUUACCUUUCUCUAGAUUGCGUGGAUGGGUCAAACAGGCUGGGUCCUGCCAGCUGCAUUCAUGCCCUUGAGCCUGAGCGCCCACAUCUGCCUGGGGUCAGGUUGGAAGCUCUCUAUCAAGAAUCUGCCCGUUCCCGCCUCCCUGCCUUCUUUCUUUGAAUACCAGGGCUCCUGGGAGCCCCAUCAAACACGAAAGACUGCCUUCCUCCUGUCUAAUCUCUGCCCCCCCCCUUCCCUGCCCCUUCCCUGCUUCCUCAAGUGACUCUGAGAAUGCUAGAACUCAGCACACGGGAGAUGAGUUGAUACUGGGGCAUGCAGUGAGAAGGCUCACCAGGCUUGGCUUUGGUCUUCUCAUUGCCUGAAAGCAAGUUUUCCCCUGAGACAGGGUUUCUUUUCUCCGUGUAGCCCUGGCUGCCUGGAAUUCAUUCUGUAGAUCGGGUUAGCCUCAAACUCAGGUAUCUGCCUGACUCUGCCUCCUGCGUGCUGAAAUUAAAAACCCACACCACCACUGCCAAGAGGAAAGCCUCUUUGCUUAGCUCUGCUCACCAGGACCUGACUACACCACACUCAGAGAACAGAGACCAGGCUUGGAAGGGGGAAUGAGGGUCCUGCUCAGAGGUCUCUGGAUUCAGUAGUCCCUUGUGUGUGUGCC